AUGUCCGAGUUACUCGAUGUUCCAUUUGGGCUUCUUUCCUUUGAUCAAUUCGUUGCCGAGAACUGGGACCCGGCAUCAUCACUAUCAAAACAUGAGCAGAAACGGGUGCUUGUCGAAAAGCGAAUUGGGUUAGGGAAAUAUAACCGAAAUGCAUCCAUUUAUGAAGGGGACGACUAUCCACACGCUGAUGAGUUUGAUAACCCAACAUCUAUAUUUGAUAAUAGAGAGGAUUUUACUCUUCUUUAUGAGGAUGAAGAUAAGGAUAAAGCGGGGGAUGAGGUAGAAGAUGGACUUUAUGUGGCUCCGGCUGAUAUAGUGCCGAGGUUUCUACUCCAUAUACUGAUGCGUUAUCCUAGUAUACUGGACGGCGAGUCUGAUAGUCCGCGGCGCCAUAAGCCUUGUCCAGGGUACUUGCGAGAUGGAGAGCUAGAUAAAGAUCAAGUACUCCUUGUUCUUGUUGCUGAUCGAGAGAUUCUACCAUUUAGAAUUAAAGAUAAGGCUAGUUGGGUGGUGCAACAACUUGCAAACUGGUCUGAUAGCCAGCAGCUGGCUGAAGGACUACUGGAAGAGACACUUGAAGAGCUCUAUGUUCGUGGUGGUGACGGCUGGGCAAGCAAUGAACCAGUGAACUAG